ACAUUCCCUGUUUAGAUAAUUUCCAUUUUGGUUAGAUAAAAGUUUCUGUAAAACUCACCAGAAAUAUUCAUCUCUUCCAUUUGAACUAUUUCCUCCGUUCAAGAGAAUAAACUAUUUAUCACUCUCAUAGGAUCUGCAAGUUUCACCAAUCUAGUUCCUCUUCGUCCGCAACUUUCUUGAGAUAUGCUUGAACGAAGCAGCAGCUUUAGAAUACCUGGAGCUGAUAUAAUCGAUCUAAGACUCGCUCUCUAUGAGAGCAAAGAAGUAAUUGAGAGGCUCCAAGAUGAGUUAAACGCAGAGAGAGAGGCAUCUGCCACAUCAGCAAGCGAGGCCUUGUCAAUGAUUCUCAGGCUGCAAGGAGAGAAAGCUGAGCUGGCCAGGGAAGCUGGACAGUACAAGAGGAUAGCCGAGGAAGAGAUGUCUCACGCUGAGACGUGGUUUGCGCAUUUGGAAGAUUUUAUUCACCAGAAAGAGCUUGUGAUCACUGCGCUUGAGUACCAAGUGGAAGCUUACAGAAGCCAACUUUUGAGCUUGGAGUAUAGUGACUUGAAUAGCUUAGAUGUUAAGCUCCAAGAGAAUGAUAAGAAGAUGAAUUAUCAUGAGUCAUUGAGUGAUAGAUCUCAAAUACCUUCUCCAGAAUUGGUUAAUGAUCUUUCUAUUCCCGUGGAGAAGGAAGUUAUUGAGGAGAGCUUGGAUUCGCAGAAGAGUUACUUUGAUGUGUACUGGGACCAUAUCAAGAAGCUGGAUGAGAAAGUGAAAGAGCUUAAAACUGAGGACGCUCUAAAGAUGAAGGUUGCAAAGCAGACAAAGAUGAAAAAGAAAUCAACUAAACAGACAAGAGACAGAAGCGGCAAGAGAGACCGUUCAGAGCAUCAAGUAGCUGAACUGCAGCUGUUGAGACAGAAGGUAGAGCAGCUUGAGAGGGAAAGAACUAAGACAGAUCCUGAAACUAGUGGAGUGAUUAAGCAUGAACAGAUAAGUCGUCUGAAGGAGGAGGAGGUAAGUCCUGUGCAAUCAUCUGAAGUGCAGAGCUCAAAUACAGUGGAGAAUCAACAACCAUGGAUCGAACCAGCCAUUGUUUCCGUUCAAGAGGCAAUGCUUUAUUUCUGGCUAUGAACAAAGAAGAGAAAGAUGCAAGAAGAUUUUUGUUUUUUUUGUUUUAGUGUUUGUCAUUGUGUUCUGUUUUUGUUUGCCUCAAGCUGAGAUCUGUAACUUUUUGUACAAAGAGCUCACUAACGUUCUCUGUAAAUCUACUAAGAAUAAGACUUAUUCAUUGACUA